CAAACAUAACCAUAAUCAACUUUCCCUCUUUUUACGAAUGGCUCGACAAUAUCAUCAAGAAAGAUCCAGAAGAUGACCAAGCAAGAUGGACUCCCACCAAGACAUUUUGCUCGUGCAAGAAUAUGGAUCGUGUUUGUGUUAAUCUUUGCUAGCAUUGCUUCAUGUGCCUCCUCCUCCUUUCAAAAUCCACUACAGAAUCCAUUGAUGCCAUUAAAUAAUGAUCAAGCAAAACAGCAAGGCAUUUUGGCAUCAGUGUUGAACCAUGGUGAUACUCUUUCAAGCUGCAAGCCUACAGGUCAAAUAUCCGAUGCAAGAUGCGAUUACGAAACCGUUGAAAUGGACAUCAAUUCCGCCAACUUCUUUCCAAUUUUAGACAAAUUAAGACGGGAAAAGUAUUUUCGACUAUACAAGGUUGAUUUGUAUAAAGACUGCCCGUUCUGGAACGAUAACAGCCUCUGUAUGAGCAAAGAUUGUACCGUUUCCAAAAUGGAGGAAGAAGAAAUACCAACAGAAUACAGAUCUUCGGCACUCUCUUCCGUCAAGACAACCAAUGAAAGUGAUGAUGAAGGUGACCCAAAUACAUGUCAAUGUGCAGAAUCGGAUUUCUGCCAUUGGGAAGAUGAGGAAUGGUCACCGGAAAGUUCUUGGGUGGAUUUGCUGGACAAUCCUGAAAGGUUCACAGGCUAUGCAGGCUCAAGUGCACGAAAAGUUUGGACAGCAAUCUAUGAGGAAAAUUGCUUUGGCGUUGCAAGAGCAGUUGGAGCAUCGAUGACCUCUUCCGCCGGCUCGCCUUAUGACGUUCGCAUCAAAUCUGCACGAUUAGGAGAUCCCGGCAGUGCAUCAGCAGCAGCGGAAGCGCUUUCGUCACUCCUUACCGGACAGUCUUCUCCUCUUGACUCUAGUACAUCGGAAUCCGAACAAUGUCUUGAAAAGCGGGUUUUCUACAAGAUUAUUUCUGGAUUGCAUGCAAGCAUUUCGAUUCAUAUCUGUCAUGAUUAUCUAGAUCAGCAAUCCGGAGAAUGGAAACCAAACCUCUCUUGUUUCGUUGAACGGAUCGCUCAACAUCCCGAUCGUUUGCAGAACCUAUACUUUACGCAGACCGUUCUUGUUCGAUCGUUGGCCAAAUUAGCUGAACCGAAACAGCUGGCGAAGUUAGCACCGAAUCUUCCUGCUUCUUCUUCUCCUACCACUGUCAGUUUGGCAUCUCUUUUGUUACAGGCAAUCAAUGCACCGCCAACAUUUGACGAAGAAAGCAUGUUUGACGAAGGAGAUCCUGAAAGCGAAUUCUUACGAAGAGAAUUUCGUGAUCGAUUCAGAAAUGUGAGUCGAAUUAUGGAUUGUGUCGGCUGCGAUAAAUGUCGUCUAUGGGGUAAGUUACAGAUCAAUGGUGUCGGAACGGCACUAAAGGUUCUAUUUGAUGCCAAUGAACUUUCUCCGCAACGAUUACUACAAAGGAGUGAAUUAGUAGCUUUGAUCAAUACGGUCCAUAGGGUUUCUGAAUCAAUUAGAGCCGUUGAGACAUUCCGAACACUAUAUCAA